GCCCUACUGCCGGGGCGGUUGGAACCGGCUGUGCGCAUCCCAUGCUUGUCGCCACCGGCUGUCGUGUCCAGCUUGACAUAAAGUGCAGGAGAUGAGGUUGCGUCUGUCACGCACACCCGCCUCAUUCGAAGAAUCAGAAAGAAUAGACCGGAUGGCAGCGAUCUCUCUCAGCUCCGUGGCCGCGUACGUCUUCGUUGGAAAGACGGCGAGCGUGGCCGGUGUUCUUGCCCCGGAGAUGCAGAAAGCCGGCGCACGCACGUUCAUCUUCAUCACUGAGUCCACGGGUCCGAACGCAGCUCUCGCGAACAUCAUCCAGGAUCUCCAAGCAGCUGAAGCCAUGGUGCUACUCUACACAGACGGCCUGUCUCAGGCUGAUCGUCUGAAGACGGUAGUCGGGCUCUGGACCACGGAAGGCCGUCACAUCGGAGGCGUGAUCUACGACCAGACGGACGCGGUACCCGAUGAUCUCGGGGAUGUUCUUUACCACGCCGCGGGGAUGCAGAAUCUACACCAGAGCACCGCCACGCUGCAGUUGGACUUUUUUCUCGUCUACCACGAGAAGGACACUCCUGCUGCCGCGAUGGCCAAGCGCUUGGCUCGCCACCGGUCUCGUUUUGGGCUCCCACUUACGUCGCUGGAGCUCGAGUGUAGACCCUGGGUCGCGGACGCAGUCGAGACCCAGAUUCUGACAGGCUUUCGAUCAGUCUUCCCAAACCCCGCUCAGGCAGAGGGACGGAAUCAGCACCCAAGACCCGGGACGGGGAGUGUGUACUCUUCAUCCUCGGGUGACGGUACUGCCCAGACGGAGCCGACCACCCCUGGUGGCUCGAGUGCAUACGGGAGCUCGCCUCUCCCCGCAAUUUCUCCCUUGGAAGAGUGCGAUCCGAAAUUUGACCAAGGCUUGGCUGGCGGAACAGAUCAUUCUCCGAUCAAGGUGAAUACUGGAUCUCUGUUUCUGUUCGAUCUUGCCGCAGAGCAAAUCGCCAGUCUCCUCGCCAUGGAAGCUGACGAAAUUGACCUUGAUGCCCCGGUCGCAGCCCUCGGAGUCGACUCUCUGAUUGCCACUGCCUUCUGCAAUUGGCUGGAGACAGAGGCCAAAGUACAAGUGGUCCCAUUCGAGUUUCUGGAGGCGGAGUCGCUGCGGCGUUUCAUCCAGCAUGUCAUUCAUCCUCGAGAAGAAUCGUAGCAUGAUUGUAUAUAGCACAUAGGUAUACCAUUCUAUCGAGCCCUACGUUCCUUUUGAGGAUAUCAGUCCAGGAGCUUGGAGUAGGUGAUCGGGGCGACAAGGUACCAAACCAAACUCGCCGUGUACAUUCUCGCGCCGUAGACGGCGAACUUAGAGUCGCUCAGUGUCUAUAAGGAACAGACCGCGGCCUACGUGGGCGAGGGAGACGUCGUACGGGAUGUUGUUCUAGGGUUCUGGGGAAAGGGGGG